UCGUAUCGUCGUUCGUAUCUACGCGUACGGGAAUCUCGUCGUGCGACAGACGAUACGUGAUUUUUUGUUCGAGACCAAACUGGAAUAUCGACGCGUUCGACACAGAACGGAAAAGGAGAUUCCCAUCGAGCGGUUUUACGUUCAAGAGUCUCGGGCUAUCACGAGCAACGACGUAGCUUCAGCAUCCCGGGCUACAGAGAGAAAGCAACAGAAUGCUGUCACCCGGUCAAGACGGCCAGUCGAACAGUUACGCGCACAAUAAUGUUGUCCUUCAAGGUGCACCCUGCGGUCAGUGUCGAGAUUUAUGCCCGGCCGGGUACGUGCCCCACUUUUGGAGAAAGGUGUGCAGAAGCUGCAGGUGUCCAAGGGAGGAACAUCAGCGGACCUCGACGGAGGCGGGCGGUCCCUCGGGACUCUGCCUCGGUCCUGGCCCGCCGAUGGCAAUGGCGAUGGCUUUCCAGAGCGGGGCCGCCGGUACAUCGCACGAGGAGCCGUUCAAGAGUCCCGUGCAACCGGCCCCGCCAGGCCUCGCCCUCCAGGAGGCGCUGAUGCAUCAUCAGAGGCACUCGCAGAGCGACGAUGACAGCGGAUGCGCCCUCGAGGAGUACACGUGGGUGCCGCCCGGUCUCAGGCCGGAUCAAGUACACCUGUACUUCAGCGCGCUACCGGAAGACAAGAUACCGUACGCGGGUAGCGCGGGUGAACGUGAACGGGUGAAGCAGCUGCUGCAACAGCUACCGCCGCACGACAACGAGGCGCGUUACUGCAGCGGCCUAUCGGAGGAGGAGAAACGCGAGCUGAGGGUGUUCGCGGCGCAACGGAAACGCGAGGCCCUCGGCCGCGGGCACGCGAGCCAGCUGGAGAGGCCCCACGGGGCCGGAUGCCGGGAGUGCAGCAGGCCGAUCGCCGCCGGAGAGAUGGCGGUUGCCGCGAGCCGAGCGGGACCGUCCGCCCUAUGGCAUCCGGCCUGUUUCGUUUGCUGCGUCUGCAGGCAGCUGCUCGUCGACCUGAUAUACUUCUGGCGGGACGGUCGGCUCUACUGCGGCAGGCAUCACGCGGAGACGUUGAAACCGCGAUGCUGCGCCUGCGACGAGAUCAUACUGGCCGACGAAUGCACCGAGGCGGAGGGCAGAGCCUGGCACAUGAGGCAUUUCGCUUGCCUCGAGUGCGAUCGACAGCUCGGCGGUCAGAGGUACGUGAUGAGGGAAGGACGACCGUACUGUCUUCGCUGUUUCGACGCAUCCUUCGCGGAAUACUGCGACAGCUGCGGUGAACCGAUCGGUGUCGAUCAGGGACAAAUGUCGCACGAGGGUCAGCACUGGCACGCGACCGAGGCCUGCUUCUGCUGCGCCACAUGUCGCACCUCCCUCCUCGGACGGCCGUUCCUGCCGCGAAGAGGCGCCAUUUAUUGUAGCAUAGCGUGCAGCAAGGGUGAACCGCCGACGACGCCGAGCGACUCGUCGGCUGGCCCGGCUCCGCCGCCUUCGUUCCUCAGAACCGGUCGAAGGCAACCGCCAGCCAGCGAGGGUUCGUCGAGCCCACCGCCCCCGCCGCCACCGCCCCCGCUUCCUGGCUCCAGACACACCCUUGGAUCACCGCGGAACUCGCCCCGUAUGACCAGGAAGCAUCAUCAAACGUCCGCCUCCUUGGCGACGACACCGACACAGAGCACGCUCAGCCCUGAAUUCACGACCGACGGGUUCCCGACGAGUGGCUCCAGGCCGGGAGGCCUUGACCGGGUGCUGCUCGAGAGGAAUCUCGAGAGACUGCUACAGGAACGUAGUACCCAUCCCGAGGAUAAUCGCAGCGAAUUGGGAAGGCUGAUGCAAGCAAGGGAUCGAGAGCCCCUCAGAUGCGUCCAGAAUUCCGCUCCGUCCCACGCGUCGAGCAUGCCGGAACUACCGCCACCGCCGCCGCGGCCGUCAUCGGGCGCGUCCGCGUCGGCGUCGGCGUCGACGUCGACAUCGACCGGUGUCGUCGCUCUGUCCGUGACCACGUUGGCCCAGGAAUCGGCGACAUCGCCGACGACGAAUCUCGUCUUGAGCCAAACGGAUCCCCCGACCCCGACGUCGCGACGCGUACGAUUUCAAGGGGAUCUGGACACGAACGAUCACGCCGCGACGUCGCCCCGCGUACUGCCCCACUCCCCCUCCAACGAGAGGAACAACACGUCGUGCUCGCCGUCGCCGUCGCCGGCGUCGCUGUCGAGAACGAAUGUGUCUCGAUCAAGGAGCUUACAGCCGGAGGAGGUCGCCGGCUCGUCGUCUUGGGGUGUAGCAGGAAGUUCAAAAUCGAGGGUGGACGGUGAAGACGACGACGCGGAGAGCUGUUGCUCCACCUGCAGCUCAUCCAGCAGUUCCGACGAGGCAGCCGCGUAUGCUUUACCGCCCAGAAGAGCCUACGGUGGCGUCAGGAUCUCCUACGUGCCGAACGACGCGGUGGCCUGCGCCAGAAAACGCGGUCCCACCUCUUCGGCGUCGUCGAAUCAGGCGCAAAGGGACACGGAAAAGUGCGUCGUGUCCUGAUGCCUCCGGGAACCCGAGACUAUCGUUCAGUUCUACGUGCCACUGAGGGAAAUGUUUCUGUAUUGGAGUCACGCGACGCGUACGAUUCACGUUACAAUCGAUAUUACGAGCUUCGAGUCUCGAGACUACGCGGAUACAACGGUCGGACACGAGAGCGAGAGACUAAAAAGAAGAGUUCCUAACUUAUAUUCUUCGCCAACUGGUCCUACGCCGCGUCGUAGACCCGCGAUCUUCCCGCCGAACGGACCCAAUGAUGGAAUACUCAUUCGUGUAAAUAGUGAAUGUACUUCCGAUACGACCGGCCGCUACGGUCACGCUUCAUCUUCUAUUUUUUAUUACGUCCCGUUAAUGUAUUUGAUAAUAAUGACGAUAAUAAUAACGUUAUAUUUUAAUACCACUGUCAUUCCCGCCGCGAAGCGAGAGCUCACCUAUCCCACCUGCGUCCCGAUUCCUCGACCCAUCCCUCGAACCGACCCUACUGGAACCCUAUGCCAUACGACUGGAGGAGCUCCGCUUCGCGAGGUAUCCGCCGUGACACCGCGAUGUCGCGUUACGCUUGUAAGUACAAACGACAGUUUUUCAACGAUGUAGACAAUCCGAAUGAUGAAGUAUAUCGAGGAAAUAAAUCGAGAACCAAUG